CUAUGAUGUAAUCUAGUCUCUGGAUUAAUGGCUUCCGAGUAGACAUUUUAUAUAAUCUUAGCUUUAAUAUAUCUUCCAGUAGGAUUCUCUACGGCAUGAUGAGUAGGAGAAAAUCCACUUCUCUUUCGGAUUUUUAUAAAAUUACUUCUCCAAAAAGAUUUUUGGAAAGGAGAAAGAGAUUAAGUUAUGCUUCUUUAGUGGACUAUAAAAAAACGAAAACAGCACGAUUUGGUAUUAUUAGAAGAGCCCGUGGGCGGCCUCCAAAGAGGCCAAAAUUAAGUGAAACUACAGGCCGUCACUUUUGUUAUAAUUCUUCUGAACCUAAAAAAAAGCAACCAAAUUACAGAGCUGGAAAAGGUUGCGAAACGAAUCGUGUUGUUAUGGUCACUCCUAGUGGACCGUUUAGACCCUCGCAGGAAGAUCUUAUUUUAUUUCGAAAAGUCUACGACAAUGAAAAGAAACGAAUUCCCCAGGAUUUACCUGGAAGGGUAAAGGAGAUUGAGUUUGGCAAGUUUCGAAUUGAAACUUGGUUUUCUUCUCCGUAUCCGGAGGAGUACGCUCGCUUGCCGAAGCUUUAUCUCUGCGAGUUCUGCCUGCGGUACAUGAAGAGCCGCCCCGUCCUCCAGAACCACAUGAGGAAAUGCGAACUGUCGCAUCCGCCUGGCGAUGAGAUCUACAGGAAGGACACCAGCUCGAUCUUUGAGGUGGAUGGGAAAAAAAACAAAGUGUAUUGCCAGAAUUUAUGCCUCAUUGCCAAGUUAUUUUUGGAUCACAAAACGCUGUAUUACGACGUGGAACCCUUUCUGUUCUACGUGAUGGUACUUCCCCCUUCCUCGUCUGCUCCUGGCGCGGGGGCUCUACCCUCUACUUCACAGACUACGUAUGACGCCUACGGUCACCACAUGGUCGGCUACUUUUCCAAGGAAAAAAGCUCUUUUCUAAACUAUAAUGUAUCUUGCAUUCUGACUUUGCCGCAGUACCAAAGGCAGGGCUACGGGAAAAUGCUUAUCGAAUUUAGUUACCUACUCAGCAGGAAGGAGAACCGGCUCGGCACUCCUGAGAAGCCCUUAUCCGACUUGGGGUCCCUCAGUUAUAUGAGUUAUUGGAGGACGUCUAUAUUAAACUUUAUAGCCAAAAGGGAUUUUGAAAAAGAGUCAUUUUCUAUUCAAGAUAUAUGCGAGGGCACCGGGUUUGCUUCCCAGGACGUUGUUUCUACACUGCAAGACCUCAACAUGCUGACCGUACGCGACUCUGUGCUGGUUUUAACGGUCGAUCGAGUCGCUUUACAGGAUUACAUUGAGAGACGCCAAGUGGUAGCACUACUGAAGCUUUCAUUAACGAAAUCGUUACCGAUUACUUGUCAGGAACCUCUUAUUGACCCAAAAAGGCUGCGCUGGGCCCCUUUUGUCGGAACAUGACAAUAAACUUUUUUAUUUGGACUAGUGCCCGCCUAUCCCUUAUGCCCCUUCUUUCGCCU